CUCGGUGCCGAUGAGGAAUUAAUUCACCCCCCGGCAGAGACCGAGAGUCCGCCAGGUCCAGAGCAACCGUGGGAGGCGCGGUCGACGGAGCCUCAGGUGGUUUUACCUCAGGUCCAGCAGCUCGCCUGUGGAAUCGCGGACCAACUCCUCCGGCACCACGGCUGCCCGUCCGACGGCCAUAUCGAGCAGGAGGAGGAGGCGAGGGCGGCGUCUGGACAACGCAUAGUCAGCCUCCGGGAGGCAACCCAGCAGACG